GAAAAAUGAAAAAUGACAGAUGCCAGGUCCCCAUAAGAACACGAGGCUGUUGAUACAUCAUUUCUUUCUCUCUUUCUUCACUUGAAAAGAACAUAACAGAUCUAUGCUCCCAACGACCCUUUUCUUUUUCUCCGCUACCAAUUCCCUCGCCUCUAUACACCCACCAUAAAAUUCUCAACUCUUCCAACUUUAGAACCCUAGAAUUCUUUGGAAUUGCCGAAGAAGAUCGAUCAGGUGAUGGUUGAGGAUCAGGGUCAGGAUGGAGGGCAAUAAUGGUAUUUCAAGCAGUUGCGGCUCUGCGGGAGCCGGAAAUUCCGCCGACGGCAAGCCGCCCAACCCCCUCUCCGGCGGCCUCCGCCAGAGUUCCAGCGCCGCCGCGCUGGCUCCUUGUAGUAAGAGAUCAAUUGUUCGACACCCUUCUUUGACCAAAGGGAGGCCAUUAGAUGUUACUGAUCAGCCAAAAUUACCCAUAGAUGAUCCCGAGACUAGGUUCGUUCCUGCACUGCGCUCGGGGGCCUGGACCGACAUUGGGUCCCGCUCAAUCAUGGAGGACGUGUGUGUUUGUGCAGACAAUUUCUUACAGGACUAUAGAUUUGGUAACUCCACUGAAGGACCUAAUGCCUUCUAUGGGGUUUUUGAUGGUCAUGGAGGAAAGCACGCAGCUGACUUUGCAUGCUCGCACCUACCACAGUUCAUUGCCGAUGAUGAGGAUUUCCCAAAGGAGAUUGAGAGGGCUGUUUCUUCUGCAUUUCAGCAGACAGACACUGCUCUUGCCCAAUCCUGUUUCUUGGAUGCUGACAUUGCUUCCGGUACCACCGCCCUGGCAGCUCUUGUUGUUGGAAGUUCUUUGGUGGUGGCAAACGCGGGUGACUGCAGAGCCGUUCUCUGCCGGCGAGGCAAAGCCAUUGAGAUGUCUAGAGACCACAAACCCCUGUGUUUGCGGGAAAGAAAGCGCAUAGAAGCUUCCGGAGGGUACGUGAACGACGGAUACCUGAACGGGCAACUCAACGUUGCGCGUGCGCUGGGAGACUGGCACUUGGAGGGGAUGAAAUCCCGAGACGGCGGGCCCCUCACGGCGGACCCGGAGUUCAUGAGCACCGAGCUGACGGAGGAGGACGAGUUCCUCAUCAUGGGGUGCGACGGGAUUUGGGACGUGUUCAUGAGUCAAAACGCAGUUGACUUUGCCCGCCGGCGGCUGCAGGAGCACAACGACCCGGAGAUGUGCUGCAGAGAACUCGUUGACGAGGCGCUGAAGAGGAAGAGUGGGGAUAACCUGUCGGUCGUAGUGGUGUGUUUCCAAAAACGCCCUCCGCCUAACCUGGUCGCCCCGCGUGGUAGGGUCCACCGUAGCAUCUCCGCCGAAGGGCUGAAGGAGUUGCAGGGCUUCCUAGACAACCUGCAAGUUUAGUACGUCUAACACAGGUGACAGAUGAUUUCAUCUCUCCCUCUAUUCUUCUUCUUCUUCUUUUUCUUAAUGGGCAUUGCUCUUCUUUAGUACGUAGUAUUAUAUAUUCCAUAGUUUGGUAGAUCCUAGGAAGAGACAGUGUGAGAGAGAGAGAGAGAGAGAGAUGUCCAAUUGUAACAUAUGCGGCGUUCGGACGGUUUUGUUUCGUUUUAAACGUUGUUUUUUUUUUGGCUAAUUUAAGGUUGUGGUUUUACUUGUCUCUAGUGUUACUAUGUUAUGGACCGAAACUAGUUACUAAGGUAUGAGACUUGUCUCAUGGUUGUAUUGGCAAUGAAGGAGGGGUUUGUUG